CGCUCGACAUCCACGCUGCUCUGCCAAUCAUGAAGCAUGGCAGAGAAAGACACCUCAAACAAGGAGCGUCCUCUCGCGGGGGUAGUCCUCUGCUUUACCUCCAUCCUACCAGAGCAGCGGUCUGAACUGGCUAUCGUUGCCAGUCAGAUGGGAGCAACCCACAAGUUCGACCUUACCUCCGAUGUCACGCAUUUACUUAUCGGCGAGGUCAACACCCCGAAAUACAAGUUUGUCGCGCGCGAGCGAGCGGAUGUUACCGUGCUGAAACCGGAAUGGGUCGAAGCUGUUCGCCAGUCAUGGAUGCAGGGAGGGGAUACGGACAUUCGCGCUCUGGAAGACCAGUACAAGUUCCCGACGUUUGCAGGACUAUCGAUAUGCAUAACGGGGUUUGAGGACAUGUUCCUGCGGAAUCACAUCCAGGAUACGGUGACUGCACACGGUGCUGAGUUUCGCAAAGAUCUCACGAAGACUAUCACCCAUCUUAUUGCGAGGAAUACCGAGGGUGAGAAGUACAAGUUUGCAACCCAGUGGGGUAUCAAGAUCGUCACGUUGAAGUGGUACUCGGAUAGUCUUGAGCGAGGAAUGGUUCUGGAAGAGACUCUAUACCACCCUCUGUUACCUGAGGAGCAGCAGGGCGCUGGUGCCUGGAAUCGAUUGCUGCCUACCCCGAAGCCGAAGGUACCAGAAAACGAGAAUCCGUCGAACCCGAGGCCGAGGAAACUGCGCAGGAUUGCUAGCGCCAAACUGGGUGAUCAGAAUGAGGGGAUCUGGGGCGAUAUUGUAGGCACGGGUUUCGACAGCAGCGAGCCGAAACGUCCCAGAGAGAGUCAGCAGAGGAGUCAGAGUUUGAUCAAGAGUGCUUUCAUACUCCAAGAGUCCCGGUCCUUUGCGAGCGAGACCACUUUUGCGGAGGUGCAAGAGCGUCCGCAGCCCUCGGAAGCAGCUGUGGAGCGUCGCGACGGCUUCUUGGACGGCUGUUACUUUUUCAUUCAUGGGUUUUCUACCAAGCAGACCAAUGUCCUACGUGAUCACCUUGCCUUUAACGGGGCACAGCUGGUAGGUUCGAUGAGCGAAUUCUCUCGACCGGACAUACCCAAACGGGGCCAUGGGCUGUACACGAUUGUGCCCUACAAGAUGCCUCGCGCGCAGGUUCCAUCUACCGAUGAUCUAGCUUUUGAAUGCGAGAUGGUGACGGACAUGUGGCUGGAAAGAUGCCUUGACGCGAAGACGCUGGUGCCGCCAGAAUCGCAUGUAGCCAACACCCCGGUGCCUUCGUUUCCCAUCAAAGGUUUCGCCGGAAUGAAAGUCUGCUCUACGGGCUUCUCCCGUAUCGACCUCCUCCAUCUGUCGAAACUAGUCAACCUGAUUGGUGCAACAUACCACGAGUACCUGACACCCAACGCCUCCAUCCUUAUAUGCAACGGCACCGGCUCCGUGAACCCCGACAAACUACGACAUACCCAAGAAUGGGGCGUGCCAACCGUCUCCGCCGACUGGCUAUGGGCCUCCAUCCGGGGCGCACAGAAACAACCAGUCGACCCAUACCUGAUCCAAAAACCACCCACGCAAAGCAGCAAGUCUCUAGAACCACGAGCCGGCUCUCGCUCAGAGCAACAAAAACCUCCUCCCAACAGUAACGAGCAUCCCACGCACUCACGCCCCCGACACGAACCCGAGCAACCCAAACCAAGCAUCACACACCACACGCACAACACAUCCUCCACAUCCUCCAAACCACCUCCUAAGCCAUCCCCUAUCAAAGCCCCGAACGCUAACACCAACCCCUCACCCACCAUCUCAACCUCCCCCCCCCUCAAACGCAAACCCUCCGACCAACCCUCCACCACCACCACUACCACUACAUCAACCGCCCAAUCCGCCCUCAACCAAGCCGUAAACGGCCUCCUCAAACACGCCCCCAGCACCACCUCAGCCCCCGAUCGCCCCCGAGGCCGCCGUCCCCUCCUCGGCCGCGCCCCAUCCUCCUUCUCCCUCGACCACCACCCCAAACACUUCUCCUUCUCCCGCGCCAGCUCAAUCGACACCCUCAACGAAGACGGCUGCGGCAGCGCCCUCGACUCCUUCCCCAAUUCCAACACAACCACCGACCGAAAUCCCUACACCAGCCGAUACGAAUACCACUACCCGGAGCAACACGGCAUCCAAGACGAAGACGAAGAGAAUGACGCCCCCGUCAUGACACAAUUAGAUUACGAGGAUCCGGAUGCCGUCGCGAUGCGGGAGAAGUUUCUGCAUCAGGCGGGGAAAAUCGUCGAGAAGAAGAAGUCCUCGGAUGGGGUUGCCGAGGGGAGAUUGGUUCCUGGGUUGGAGAAUGCGGUUUGGAGUACUGGACGGAGAACAAGGGCGAAUAGGGUUUUGAAUGAUUUUUAGAAAGGGGGGUUUGGGGUUGGUGUGGGUUGGUUUGGGUAGUGGUUUUGGUUCUGUCUCGAGAUUUAGUGUUUGAGGUCAGUGCAUGAGUGGUGAAGAGAGUGGGUAUGUGGCCUUGACUGCCUACUAUUCUGUUCAGGUUCUGGGUAUGGGAUGUGGAUUGAUUGUUCGAUUGCAUGACUUGGCGUGGCGUGGCGUGACAUGGCAUCUUGAUUAGCUAGCUAGCUAGGUAGGGUAUUAUUCCAUCUUGAAAGAUUAGUUCUUUACAGUCUCCUCGAGUAUCACCUAAUACUAUACCAGCUAGCAGGUACCGACCGAU